AAGACAUGUCGAGGGGGCGCUAGAAGGUGGCGCCUUCAUGUCGGUCUCCCGUGCUUUCUUUUCAAAAUAUUUAGGGAAUGAAGGAUCAUAUAAAAGGUUCCAACUAUCUCAACUUUUCUUCUUCCAUUCCAUUAGGAUUUCCCAAUAGCUAUGGAAACUGAGACUGCCACUGCACCUCAGCUCGCUGCUCUUGCUGACACAGAUAUCAAUUGGGACAGGUUGGAUAAAGUCAGGUUUCAUAUAUUAGGAGCUUUUCUUUUCACUGUUCAAUCAGCACUAAUACACCCAACAGCAGUGGUGAAGACAAGAAUGCAAGUAGCUGGAUCCGGACUUUCUCAAAUGACUGGAUUUUCUGUAUUUAUGCAUAUACUUAGAAGUAACGGCAUCCCAGGUAUCUUUAGAGGCUUUGGCACAUCUUCUGUGGGAUCAGUGCCAGGUAGAGUCCUGGCUUUGACUUCACUUGAAGUAUCUAAAGAUAUGAUACUAAAAUACACAAAGGAUCUUAAUAUGCCUGAAGCAACUCGUGCGGGUGUAGCAAAUGGAUUCGCUGGCAUGGUCUCAAAUUUAAUCUCAUGCGUGUACUUUGUGCCUCUGGAUGUGAUUUGCCAGAGACUUAUGGUUCAGGGAAUUCCAGGGACAAAGUCUUGCACUGGCCCAUUUGAUGUUAUACGGAAAGUACUAAAAGCUGAAGGAGUCCGGGGUAUGUAUAGAGGAUUUGGAUUAACUGCUGUGUCUCAGUCUCCUGCACAGGCACUUUGGUGGGGUGCCUAUGGUGCUGCUCAGCACAUCAUUUGGAGGAAUCUGGGUUAUGGUGACAACAUGGACAAGAGACCGUCUCACAUGCAGAUGGUUGCUGUCCAGGCUACGGCUGGAUUGGCAGCUGGUGCCUGUUCAUCAGUUAUUACAACUCCCAUAGAUACUGUUAAAACGCGACUACAGGUUAUCGAUGAUUAUGGUGUUGGGAGACCUUCUGUACUGAAGACCACGAAAAUGCUUCUCAGAGAAGAUGGAUGGAAAGGCUUCUAUAGAGGCUUUGGACCUAGGUUCCUCAAUAUGUCUUUCUAUGGAACAACAAUGAUCGUCACCUAUGAGAUAAUCAAGAGAUUAUCAGCUAAGCAAGCUUGAUCAUUCGGACUCCAAAGCAAGGGUAUCAAUAUUUUCGGGAACGGUUGAACUAGUAACAGGGAGGGUUCAUAUGAUACAGCUAACAUUAAUUAUUUUUCUGUUUUGUUUACUGUCAUUGAUUCUUCUCUUUUUAUUCUCUUACGACCUUUAUACCCGCUUAUGGGCAUUUAAUCUAUUAGUGAUUGAUCAUCAGCAGAUUUUAGUAGUUUCUAAUGCACAAUAUUUUCACCUUGUACUCUACUAGAUGGAAAGUGAAACUGGAUUUCAGGGGGUUGAGCUUGUAAUUUUUAAUAAAGUUCUUAACGAUAAGACUUGCAGAAAA